UCCCAAGAUUGGGGACACUGAUGCCAUAUCUAUAGGACCUAAUAUCUUCGAUGUAAACAUAGUGUGCUUCACGAUUGUUUUUUAUGCAGAUAUACUAUAUGCAAAAUCGUCAGAUAUCGAGACGUCGUGAACGUGACGAUGGCUACUUGUGCUGCAUUAGGAUGCAGGAACAGCAGCAAAAAGGGUGUCAAAGUGAGCACUUUUCCAAAAAAACCACAUCGGAGAGAUGAGUGGGUCAGAAAUUGCAUUACAUUUGGCGGAAUGAAUGCAAACUUUAUCCCGCGUGACAACUCAGUUUUAUGUGAGUACCAUUUCGAAGCUGAAAUGUGGGAAAAAGUUCGUGUGGAUGGGAAAAAAAAAUUAAAAUGUGAUGCCGUGCCAACUAUAUUUGGAGAUCUAGUCUUUCAAGUGAAAGGGAACCUUAUUAAAGGUUCUGUAAAAUCUGAACAUGUUAUUGUUGAGGAAAGGGUGGUGCAACUGGAGCCAUUAACAAUAAAAGUUGAAGUUCUACCCAUCAGAAAAUUGAAGCGAGGGCAGUCUAUGUCAGAAAGUCUUAUAUCGACAAAUGAAGCUCCUCGAUUGCAGGGAGAUGGUGAUACAGAAAAACAAGAAAUUUCACUUGACAGAGGUAUACAAGAACCAUUGUGCAGCACACAAGUAUCUAACAGUGGACGAAACAAGCAAAGGCGCUUGAGACCAAGCAUUAUUUUACGAAGCAAUAAGAAAAAAUGCUUAGAAAUUAAACCUGAUCUAGAUAAUGAACAUGCAGAAGAGCCACCAUGUAGCAAACGAGUAGCGGACAGUGAAAAAGUACAGCUAAGGCAAUCGACACAAUACAGUAUCUUACGGACUAUUAAGAAACCUCUAGUACAGGAUACAGUUGAUCUAGUCCAUGAAGAAAGUUUCAAGGAAGUAUCGAGCAGACACUUGAGCGAAACAUCGAACAGCAAUUUACAAAGCAAACAGAUAAGACAGUCAACAGUUCAGAAAGGCGCGAGUACCGGUAUUCGUGCUUUGAAUCAAAAUGAUUACUCUGAUGAGGAUCUUGCUCAAGAAGAAAAAGAUCUAUCAAAUUUACAUGAACAGUUUCUUAAUUCCAGUUCUAUUACAGAUUUAAAUGUAGAGGAAGGUUUACAAAAGAAAUGUGAAGAUUUGCAAGAAAAGUAUAACAGGGUUUCGAAACUAUACCUGAAAAGUGAAAGAUUGCGAAUCAUAAUGAAAAAAAGACACAAGCAAAAACACCGAGCCUUCAAAGAGAAAGUUAAGAAACUAAAAGAACAAGUACGUAUUGCAGAAAAAAAUCCAGUAGGUAUUAGAAAAAUAUUAAACUAAGAUCAAAUUUAGAAAAAAACUUGUUCUGAAUUGUUUACCUACUAAAAAAUCGUUGUAAAAUAAUAAAAACUGUAUAUUCACGGAUCAAUUUCAAUUCGCAGAUUGAAAUUAAAAAUAAUUAAAUUACUGAUGUGGA